CUCACUUCCCAACCCAAGAGCCCACUCCCAUUUCACAUCAACAUUGUAAGAGCUCUCUCCAUACAUUCCCCUUACUCCCUUUAUCCAUGGCUGCCUCCACAAUGACUCUUUCCUCUCCCUCACUGGCCGGCCAGGCAGUGAAGCUUUCUCCCUCCACCUCUAACCUCUUUGGUGAAGGAAAAGUCACCAUGCGAAAGACUGGGGGCAGGCCAAAGCCUGUCUCCUCAGGAAGCCCAUGGUAUGGCCCUGAUAGAGUCAAGUAUUUGGGCCCAUUCUCCGGUGAGCCCCCAUCCUACCUCACCGGUGAAUUCCCCGGCGACUAUGGUUGGGAUACAGCCGGCCUCUCCGCCGACCCCGAGACCUUUGCUAAAAACCGAGAACUCGAGGUCAUCCACAGCAGAUGGGCUAUGCUUGGGGCUCUGGGUUGCGUCUUCCCUGAGCUUCUUUCUCGCAAUGGUGUCAAGUUUGGCGAGGCCGUUUGGUUCAAAGCUGGUGCACAGAUCUUCUCUGAAGGUGGGCUGGACUACUUGGGCAACCCAAGCUUGAUCCAUGCACAGAGCAUUCUAGCUAUAUGGGCCACACAAGUUAUAUUGAUGGGUGCUGUUGAGGGCUACCGUAUUGCUGGUGGGCCUCUUGGUGAGAUCACUGACCCACUCUACCCAGGUGGUAGCUUUGACCCACUUGGGCUUGCUGAUGACCCUGAGGCUUUUGCUGAGUUGAAGGUGAAGGAGAUCAAGAAUGGCAGGUUGGCAAUGUUCUCUAUGUUUGGGUUCUAUGUUCAGGCCAUUGUGACAGGAAAGGGACCAUUGGAGAACCUUGCCGAUCACCUCGCCGACCCCGUUAACAACAAUGCUUGGGCCUAUGCCACAAACUUCGUUCCUGGGAAGUGAAUAGUUAAUACUGUAUGUACAAGGAAGAUCCUUAGAGUUCAAAUUUCAUGGUUGGCCCUUGGCAGUGUAAACUGAAAAAAAAAUUGUGCAAAUAAGAUGAAAGGUUAAUUAUUGAUA